AUGGCAAAGCCUCUUCCUGUAGUCGUUCGACCUCUGAGCACAACCGUACGACGAUGGGAUGCACCGGAUACGAUGCAGAUCCAACCGCGGCUGCAACUUACGUUUACAUGCACAGUCCCUGGUUGUGGUACUCGGUCUACGCAUGAAUUUACGAAGCAUUCUUAUACCAAGGGUAUUGUGCUUGUCGAGUGCCCUGGAUGCAAGAAUAGGCACCUCAUCGCUGACAACCUAGGCUGGUUUACUGAAACGAAAGACGAGCCACGCACGGUGGAAGAGAUCGUUCGGGCGAAAGGUGGGCGUGUUCGCAUUGGUACUCUGCAUAACGAUGGCGAGACAAUCGAGAUUGAAUCAGACAGUGAUGAUCCUACCUCGUCUACUAAAACUUCGUAA